CAUGUUCUAGGUAUAACUAGUUUACUGACACAAGCAAUUGAUAAGGAGACCGCAUGCCGGUUGCGUAAAUUCGGCAGACGUGAGUCAUUGAGCACUUGUGCUUCAUGAACUAGUUAUCUCUGCAAAAGUUAGCCCCUAAAUAGUAGCAAUUGACUCGGAAACGAGCACUUCAUCCAGGCUGUGACGAGUUUGUUCUUCGCCACUGGGCCAGCUGAGGGCGCUGAUAACAAUGAUACCAUAGGCCAUAUCACAUUAUCCAAGCAGAUAACUCGUUGCUGACACCCUGGUCGCGUGCGUUUAGGCUGGGUUUUUGCCCGCCUGCGCUGCCAAGUACGCGCUCUUCCAGAAGCGGCGUUGAAAGGAAAGGAAAUGUUAGAACUACACGGCUCUCACGGCCUAACGUGCGAAUGAUGCCUCGUGCAAAAUCCGUCGCGGCUCUGGCAGCGCUGUCGCUGCUGGCGAACUUUGCACUUGCGGCCGCGACCACCUGUCCUAGUUACGCGGACUGUGUACUCGGCGAGACUGCAGCCUGGGCGACACAGGCUUCCGUGAGCCCAGGGCCGAAGGACGCCACGGCGGCAUCGCUUCUCGCGCUGCUGGGUCCCCCCAACUGGUCGUCGGGCAGCAAGUGCCUUUCCGCGCCCCCCACGACCUACAGCCAGCAGCUACUGGCAUGGAGCUACUUCAGUGGAAACACUGGCGGCAUUGGUCCCCCAAAGACCGCGCUGACCGUCACGUUCUCUACGGCGCUCUUCCCGACACAGCUGGCAGUGCGCGUGGUGGGGAGUCAGGCGGGCAGCGUGCUCAGUUCGCCAGACCUAGAGCUUGCCAGCGGUGGCAGUAUCAAGAGCACGUGCUCACCAGACACCACCAGCUCCUGCGACGGGCUGCAGGAUCCAUUUUGGUGGUCAUGCAAUUUCACCAUAAGCCCAACACUGGUGACGGGCACCACCUUCAACGUCGAUGGAAAUGCGGUGAUCGACGCGGUGAAGCUGGUUGGCUUCGCACCCUCUCCGGAGCCGCCCUCCCCCGCGCCGCCCUCUCCUGCGCCCCCAGCGCCCCCAGCGCCCCCACCUGCGUCCAAGCCCGGAUCGAAGAGCUCGCCACGCCCACCGCCGCACUCCCCGCCCUCCCCGUCGCCGCCGUCUCCGUUGCCGCGAUCUCCAUCACCGCCCUCCCCGGCACCGCGCCCUCCCGCACCGCCGCCAUCGCCUUUGUCGCUGUCGCCUGCGCCGUCGUCGCCUGCGCCAUCGUCCCCUGCGCCGCCGUCCCCUUCGCCGCCGUCCCCUUCGCCGCCGUCUCCUGCGCCGCCGUCCCCUGCGCCGCCGGCGCCUACGCCGCCGGACCCUGUGCCGUCGCCUGCUGCGCCGCCGGCGCCUACGCCGCCGUCCCAUUCGCCGCCGUCCCCUUCGCCGCCGUCCCCUUCGCCGCCGUCCCCUUCGCCGCCGUCUCCUGCGCCGCCGUCUGCUGCGCCGCCGGCGCCUACGCCGCCGGACCCUGCACCGUCGCCUGCGCCGCCGGCGCCUACGCCGGCCGGCCCCGCGGACUCGCUCUCUCCUGGCACGGUCAAGCCCACGACACCCUUACCUUCGUUCAGCUCCGAGCCGGCGCCCUCCCCAGAUGCCCCACCCACCCACAGGCCGUCAUCCCAACCCAACCCCUCGGACACCCACCCCCAUAGCCCGCAGUCAUCACCGGAUCUGCCGCCCCGACCGCCUGCGCCUGGCACCGGCCCCUCCUCCAGCCGCCCUCCCUUGCCGCCGCCGAAGCCGCCGCCGUCACCCCGGCCGCCGCCGUUGCCGCCACCAGACAUGGCCACGCUUCUGGGCAUCUCACCCGAACUCAUCAGCACUGCAGCGCCUCAGGGCGUGCUGACAGUCACACGAGAGCUGCUGGUCCGCGACACAGGCGCCGUCAGUCCGCAAGAGGCCGCGGCGGCGCUGGUCGCAAUGUUCCCGGGCGCCGAACGCGUCACGCCGGUGCAGUAUGACGUACGGCUGACGCUGGAGGCCGCGGCAUCGGCAUCGGCAGCAUCUGUGGUGUGCUCGGACGCGCUCAUUGCGGCGCUGCGCGCCGCAUUGCGCAGUAGCGGCAGUAGCGGCGGUAGCGGCGGUAGCGGCAGUAGCGGUGGCAUGCAGGCCGCCAUGCAGAGCGCGGAAGUCACGUGCAGCAGCCAGGCUGCCGCCGGCAGCGCCAGCAGCGGCCGCCGGGCGCUCCAACAGUCUUCGGGAACGACGACCGGCACCGCAACCGGCGCCGCUGCCGCAACGUGUGCCCUGGGCACGGGCACGCCCAUUACCCUGGCCUUCGAGGUCCCCGCCCCCAACACCACCUCCUCCUCCGCCUCCCCCAACGCCUCCGCCGCCUCCACGCCGACCACAACUGUCGCCACCGACACAGAGAAGGCCGCCGCCGCCGCCGACUCGCUCAAGGCCCAGCUGUACGGCGCCGUGACGGCGGCGGCGGCGGCGGCCGGCGGCGCCGUCGGCGACGUGUCGCUGUGCGGCGGCACGGGCGGGCUGACGUCAGCCGCUGACGUCCAGGUCGACACGGUCUUCCGCGCCUCGUACCGCGUCGCGCUCAGCAGCAAGGGCGCGGAGACCUACGCCGCCGCCUGCAGCAGCAGCAGCAGCGGCAGCAGCAGCAGCGGCACCGACGCGGCGUUGGUGCCGGCGGCGAUGGCAGCGGCGCUGUGCGCGGACUGCACCGCCUGCGCGGUGCUGCCGGUGCCGGUGGCGGCGGCGGCGCCCAGCGGCGGCGCGCAGUUGAACGGCUCGACGAGCCUACCGCAGGGCGCUGACGCCAGCAGCGGCUCUAGUGACGGCAGCAGCGGCGGCGAUGGCAACGGCAGCGCUGGCAUCAUCAUCGCCGUCGCCGCGGCUGUGGCGGGCUCACUCGCGGUGGCGGCCGCCGCCGCCGCCGUCGUGGUGGUCCGGCGGCGCCGCCGCCAGCGCCGCCAGCAGGCCGACCAAAAGCUACUUGGCGGCAAUGUCGAUCUGGGCAGCGGCACGGCCGGCGGCGGCGGCGGCGGUGGCGGCGGUGAUGGCGGCGGCGGCGGCGGAACCAGCGGCGGCGGCAGCAUGUCGCCGGAAGUCGUGGAGGUGGAGUCAUUUGAUGACGUGGACAGGGACAGUGACGGCAACGCGCGGGUUGGCGCGGGCGCGAAGGACCGAGCGGCGCCCAUCCCACCCCUGAAGCGCUCCUACGUCAACCUUGCACCCUUCGGCGCCGCCGCGGCUGCCGCCGCCGCCUAUGGCCAUCGGAACGCCGGACGCGACCUCCUGCACCACGUGCGUACCUCCCCCGCCCGCAACGGCGUCCGCACAUCCCCCGGGCGUGGCGGCACCGCAGCCCCCGCCGUCGGCAUUCCCUUGGACGCUGCGGGCCGAGAGGUCGAGGCUUCUGCCGCCGGCUCCGGCACCGUGGCGGCGCUUGACGCUGGCGGCGGCGCCGCCAGCGCAGCCACGGCGACGGCGGCGGCGGUGGGCAACGGCCCGCUCGGCGUGAUGCGCCUGUUGCCGCUGCAGAGCCCCGCAGGCAGCCAGCGGCAGCUGCUGGCCCAGCGCUACAGCACCGGCGGCCUCCCACGCGAGGGGACCCUCGGCGGAACGCCCGGCGUCGGCGGCGCCGCCGCCGCCGGCGUCGCGCAGGGCCGGCAGCGCGGCCGCGCGCUGCUACUCAUGCAGGCCGCGCGCAUCCACAAGAGCACUGGAGGCGGCGACGGUGGAGUUGCCGCUGCCGCCGCUGCCGGCGGCGGGCUGCGCAGCUCCUGGCGUGGCAAGGCCGCUAACCGCAAAGUGACGGACAGCGGCGUCAGUGGCUACAGCAGCGGCCCCGCCGCAGGCGGCGGCGGCGACGAGGAGCCGCCGUCAGGCACGCCACUCAGCAGCGCCGCCGCUGGGCCGAGCCUGUACAGCAGCGGACUCACCAGCGUCCCCUCCAUCCUCACCAACGGCAGGAAGAAAUGGCUGAGCGAUGCUGACGCCGGCGCCGGCGCCGCCGGCGCUUCGGCGGCAGCGGGAGCGGCUAGCUACUCGGUCAUGUCCAUCGACCGCUUCGGGCACGACAUGUCACCGGGCACGGGCGGAGGCUCGGCGGCAUCAUCCCCGGGCCGGCGCCGCGUCACCUUUGCCGAAGGCCCGCUGGGGCCUGGCGGCGCCGCCGCUGCCGCCGCCGGCAUUUGCGCCGGCGCCUCGCCCCGUCGAGGCGCGGGCAUCCCUUCCGACGGCGAGGCCGGUGCCGCCGCCGCCGCGGCGGCGGCGGCGGCGGCGGCGGCGGCUGCUAACGGCACGGAGGUGGUGCAGCUGCGCCUGCAGUUUUACAACGAGCUGCUGCUUGAGCAUGUGGACGACGCGGCCUGCGCCACCGGCGGCCCCGGCAGCCCCAAGACGCUGGCUCCGGCGGCAGCGGCCGCGGCCAUUGCCGGCGGCCACGCGGAUGUGGCAACGUCAUCCGCGAACGCCGCCGCCGUCGCGUCCAUGGCAGCGGCGCUGCCGGGCUGUCUGUACAGCCCUACAAAGGAGCGCGAGGAGGAGGAUGCCGCGGUGGCAGCAACAGCGGUGGCGGCAACAGCGGCAGCGGCUGCGCACAGGGCGCACGUGGCACAGUUGGACGCUCACGGCCCCUGCAGCGCGCCCGCAGCGCUAGAGGGCGCCCUGCGCGGCGGCGGCGGCGGUGGCAGCUUCGGCGCCGGCACUAAUGGCGGCGCCGCCCGCUCCCGUUUUAUGAACUCCAGCACCUUCACCGCGUGCCCGCCGGGCGUCGUGGCCGGCGGCAGCGGCAGCAGCAACGGAGGCGACCUCACCGCCACCGGCGCUGACGAGGUCACGCUGUCGGGCGAGGGCAGCUAUGUGGCAGCGGCGGCGUUCGCACAGCCUGCUGGCAUGACUGUGCGCGGCGGCGGCGGCGGCGGCGGCGGCGGCGGCGGCGGCAGCAACGACAGCGGCUCUAGGCCGGGUUCGCCGGCUGGCGUGCCCGCGCGCGUCGGUUCACCUGACUUUGCUGCCGCCGCCGCGGCUGCGGCGGCAGCUGCCGCAGCCGGCCCAGGUCACUGGUCGUCGCCGCUGCCGCCGCCGCUGCCACGGUGGGACUUCGUGCCGCUACGCAAGCACCUAUCCUCCAGCCGCCGGAACCUGUCGCCGCUGCGGCCGCAGACGCCGACGGAGCCGCAGCCCCUCGAGAUCGCCGCCGGUGGCCGAGUGGGCGCAUCGCCGCCGCCGCCGCCGCCGCCGUUGUCACCUUCCGGCAGCAGCCGUUACAUUGCCAACGCCGCCGCUGCCGUGGCCGCCGCGGCGUUGUCACAGGUGGCGUCGGAGCUUGGCGGGCCGAUCAACAACACGCAGCGGCUUCGCUCCCCCCAGCAGCUCAGCAUGCGUCACAGCAUCAACGGCGUUGCGCCGCGGCCGCUGGGCUCCGCCGGCGCUGGCAGUGCUGCAGUCGCCAACGUCGGCAGUGCUGCAGUCGCCGACGUCGGCGGCGGCAGCGGCAACGGCAUGGCCGGUAUGAUCCGUGGCCGGGCGUCUGUGCCCGCGCCUACGCCGCUGGCACGCACCACGUCGGACGCCGGUGACGCCGGGCUCUGCCGCCUGGCAUCUGGCGGCGGCAGUGUCGGCGGCGGCAGCCUGCGCCGCAGCCAGGUGCCCAUGCUGCCACCGAGCCACGCCGGCGACGGCGCGCCGGUGGUGACCGGAGGUGGCAGCGGCUGCGGCGGUGGCAGCGGCAGCGGCAGCAACAGCCCGCGCCGGGCCUGGUCGCUGUCCGGCGCCGCGCGCGCGGCCGCUGUGGGCGGCAGCGGCGGCGCGGUGCCGGACGUGCUGAUCCCUGCCAGUAGUGCCGGUGGCGGUGGCGGCGGCGGCGGCGGCGGCGGCUACAGCAGCAGCGGCUUUGACGGCGCCAUUGAUGCCAAGCUGUUGGCAGCGUGCAUGUCUGUGCCGAGCUUUGGCAGCUACAGCGGCGGCGGCGGCGGCGGCGGUGGCGGUGGCGGUGGCGGCGGCAGCGGCAGUCCGGUUCACAGCGGCAGCAACUCCCAGCUUGUGACACAAUUGCUCAGCAGUCCCUCGCUGACGUCGCCGACCUCGUCUGCCGAGGUGAUGGCAGCGGCGGCCACGGCCGCAGCGGCGGCGGUGGCGGCGCGCGACGCGUGCAGCAGCCCGCGUCAGCUACCCAUCAUUGCCGAGGAAGGUGACUAGGCACGUUUACCAGGAUUCAGGAGGCAUUCAAAGAAUGAAAGCCGUGCUGUAGUGUGCUUUUAAGUAACAAGUUCACACGGUUUUGGAGCAGCUCGGUUUGCACGUAACAAUGUGGCGGUGCAUUGCUGGCGCCGUGUGCUCAGCAUUGAACCGGCCAGCCACAAAGACUGGCUUGUCGGGAAUGCCGAUCUAACAAGUAGCAGGUUGCAAGAUUUAUAUGCGGCAUUUACCCAAUCUGCGUUGAAGCUGGGAUCAUGUGCUGCACACACAGGCGAAGGGCCCGUGCGUGCAGGCGCAUCAGCAGGUUUGCAUCCCCGGCAUUAUAAACAGCAUGUUUCAUCGCGCGCCCUGCGCGCUAUGGCUCAGCAUUCUGAUCCUGAAGACGCAACCGUCGCCACGCGAACGGCCAUGCAUAUGACAUGUCUGGAAUGUACACGACGGAGAGCAUGCGGAAGGGCAUGGCUUUUUGCCGCUGCCUCCAAACCUGCGCAUCGGCAGGAACAAGGGAUGAACCUUUUGCGUACUCGCUUAAGCCCCACUGAUGGACGCGUUUACUAAACAUUACGGUAUGCCCAUUUCGCAUUCGGGUAUCGUAGCGGGCACGCCUGGUCGCCUGGACCGCCCUGGCUUCUUGUCAUUGGUGUCGCUGCAACACGCGACCAUAUCUAUUCUGUGACACGUGUGCUCUUGUGGAAGUGGUCGUGGAUGUGCCGCCAGGCUGCUUUGUGAUUACUGUGCAGUAUGUAAUGUUGCGCGCGUGGAUGCGGGUUCCGGGCGUUUGAGGGGGCGGAAAGGUAGCUUGGUAGGUCGCACGGACGAGCUGAGGAGGCCGAGGCUGUCGAGAACCCAGCAUGCCGAGCCUGGGGCCCCGCUUUGAUUGGACUUGAUGAAAGCAGGUGGGCCGCAAGUGAGGCCUAGCUGGGUCUGGGGCGGAGGUCUGAGGGCUUGCAGAUGGUGCAGGGCGCUUUUUGUUUUUGUGAUUGCUGCAUCAGGCUGAGGCCGUGCUGUGAUUGCACGUGCGCCGCGUGCAGCGCCGCCCUGGAAUGACGCCAGCGUAAACCUCGCCUGCAGCUGCCACAAGCCCACAAGGGCAGCAAGCAAGGGCGCCCACAUUUCCGCAGGAACUGGCAAAUGACGAGCUGGCUAGAGAGGAUAGAAUGUAUUAUUGGAGAAGUAAUCGCGCCAGUGCCGCUGGUGGCCGGUCGGUUGUGCGUGCGCUGCCAGGGCUGACUGCAUGCCGUGCAAGCACACCGCCGCCGCCUGAUGCCACACGCGUGUUACGUCGGGUAACGUCGGGGUAACCCAUCUGUCAC